AUGGCCGUUUGCCCACCCGUUAGCGGGCCGGGGGGGUCCCCGUAUUGCACUCCCCUGCUCAACUUUCCCCCCCACCCCCUCCUCUUACUACACGCGCUUCCCUCACUACCUCUCCCCUUCCUCCCUCGCUGCAUCCCUUCCGCCGUGCGCGCAGCAGUCAUGGCGGGCGCGCCUGCUGCCCGCGUGCAGCCCGUCACCGCCACCAACGUCUCCCCCCCGCCCGCCCCCAAGCCUCCUCUGCUGCUGCGCCGGCGCAAAGGGGGACAGGGGUCACGCUGGGGGGCGACCUGCGUGAGGCAGAAAGGGGCUUCCCAUCGCCUGCACUAUGAGUGUGCGGCGCGCCCUCCUCUGCACGGUGCGCGCUGCUCCCUGCGCAUGCCAUGCGUGCCGUGUGCCAGCAGGGCGACUGCUGGAGCACCCCUCGCAGGCGCCACCGCUCUUGCGCCUGCUCCGCUGCAGUGCCGCGCCGUGCAGGGCGCCUCGCUGCACCUCCCCUGCAGGUUCGUUGGGGACUCUUUGGACGGGGCCCGUGAGUGGGGGGGUGUGAGGGGGGUCACGCUGCUGCGCUCAUGUCAUGGCCCUCCAUGCUCGCUGCUGCACCACUCCUGCACGCCACCCUUCCCAGCCCCUUCCACCAUUCUCCCUCGCCUCGCUCACUCAUGCCAACUCUCUCCACCGUUUCCCCUCCCAUUUCCUCCUCCAUUCUGGCCUCUUCUGCGCUGUUCUUUGCUUUCCCAUGGCUCUCUACCUCCCCGCCCUUACAAUGUGAACCUCCCCACCCCUUUCCCACCAGCCAUACGCCUUCCCAUGUUCAUCCUCGUCUUCUCCCCGUCGCCCCAUUCCAUGCGCCUGCCCCUGCUGGGGGCCGUCGCGCCAUGCCCUUGCAUCCCUUGCAUGUGCGCUCACCCCGCCCCAUGCCCUCCAACCCCUGCGCCCUCUCCCUCCUGCGCACUCCCCCUCACCCCCGCUCUCCUUUCCGCUUUAUCCCUUCCUUUUCCCCCGCCCUUCCUCCCCCUCUUCCUUCCGCGCCCGGGCCCCUCCCCGCUCCCUUCACCCCCGUGCGCCAUUGACUCCCCCGCGCACCUGAGCAGCGCACCACACAGCACAUGGGCCCACGUCCCUCUGGGCCACCUCUUGCUGCGCACGCCCCCUGCGCUGCUCGCGUCUCUGCUCUCGCCCGUGGCGUCUGCGAUGCACCACCUCCACCCCAGCGCGCGCACCCUUGCCAAUGCUGCUGCCCGCCAUGCACGCGCUCCCCCCCCCCCAGCGCCAACUCGGCACCGCCCACCUGCGCCACAGCAGCCGCCAGGUGACGUGCGCACAGGGGAGUGCAUGGGAAAGGAGGGAUGGGAGGGAAGGUGUGCGGGUGGCGGCGGUGCUGGUGGGCAGCAUGGACUGUGGCGUCACCAAAGGGGCGGCGUGCACUGCACAGUGACCAGCAGCACGAGGGGGAGAAGGCCAGGGACGUGCAAGGCAUGCACUGCCACGUUCUGCCUCGUGCUGCCUGCCAGGUGCGCUGCAGUGGUGUGUGCCUGGAGUCCGGCUCACACCUUCUCAACAUUUGCGCCUAUCAGUUACGAACCAUGGUUUAUCUGUAUUUCUCCCAUCCUCCCGCCAAUGGAAGCGCAUUUGUAA